GGAAAAAAAAAUUAUUUAUUGAUAGAUAAUUUAUUACUUUUUUUUUGAUUAUACAUGUGAUAUGUUUAGAAUUUGGUAUUCAUUUGUUAUUUUAUUUGUACAUUAUCAAACAAGUAUUCAGCAAUUAAAUUCGACAGAAUUUUUUGCAAAAAAUUGUGCCCAAUUAUGGCAACAAUAUGGUCUACGUGAUUCGGGAAAUUAUACACUUAUUUUAGAUGAUUCAACUGAAUCAUUCAACAUCGGUAUUCAAGUUGAAUGUGAUUUGUCAUCAGCAUUGGAUGAUGAUUCACAAAUCGAUGGUGUUUAUCUUGAUGAAAGUGAAAAGGUUUUUGAAGUGAAAACCAUAAUUCAUCAUGAUUCAGAAGAGCCACGAUUAGUUCAAGGAUAUGAAUCUCCGGGAUCUUUUGAACGUAAUAUCAUAUACAACUAUGGCCACUUUCGGCGACAAUCAUCAUCAUCAUCAUCAUCAUCGAAAAAUGACCAUCAAUUGUUUAUGCGACAGAUCGAAAUGAUUAUCAAUUCAUCAUUCAGUUGUCAACAGUACAUACGUUGGGAUUGUAAAGGUUCAGUGUUUAGUUUUUGGUUUCAACAUUAUCAUAGUUGGUGGUUAGAUCGUAAUGGUCGAACACGUACUUAUUGGGGUGGUGCUGAACCUGAUUCCAAUAGUUGUGGCUGUUUUCCUUAUUGCCAUCAUACAGUGAAAAAUUCAACAUGUAAUUGUGAUGCAAACAUGAAAACAGAUUGGCUUGAAGAUUCAGGGUUAUUAUUGAGCAAAGAACGUUUACCUGUAACACAACUUAGAUUCGGUGACACUGGAGAAUCAUAUGAAGUUGGACGUUAUACAUUAGGACCAUUAAUUUGUCGAUCCUAUGGACAUCGAAAUGCUUCAUUAGGUCAUUUUAAAGCUCCGGUAACAAUAACAUCACCAGGUUAUCCUAAUCGUUAUCCACCUGCUUUUCGACGUUAUGAAUGGAUCAUUACUGUUGAUAAUGGCCAAUGGAUUGAAAUGGUUUUUCCCGAAUACGAUAUAAUUCAUCAUGGUGCUUAUGUGAGCGUACCUGGAUGUCGUUAUGCAACCGAAGUUGAUAUUUUUCAUAAACAAAAAACCAACAGCAAUAAAAGCACUAUAACAUUUACUUACUCUGGACAUGAAUGGUAUUUGGUACAUUCUAUUCGACGAGAAAAAUCAUCGCCACCUUAUUAUGUCACUGAUGGAUCGGAAACAUUAUUCAAAUUAAGAUUUAUUACCUGUAAUCAACAACGUUCAUUAAUAAAUGAUCAUAAAGGAUUUAAAGUCGAAUUUCGUUUUUCCAAAUGUCCAACCUGUAAUAUUGGACCAAAUUUUUCUACAAAUUGUUUUGUCGAACCUGAUCACUGUCUUUAUAUCUAUUCACAAGGCUAUCCAUUUCCACAUUAUUUAUAUGGGAAAAAAAUCGAUCACGAAAAACGUAUUCAUCAAUGGCAGAUAGCCACUAAUGUUAAUUAUACAUUGCAAAUUGAAUUCAAUGAUUUUGAUGUUAUUUCAACACCUGGUCAACAUUAUUGUGAUAAUGAUUUGGUGACAAUAUAUGGUAAAAAAUAUACCAAAAACAAAACUGAUUAUUGUAAUAUUAAUCGUUUUAAUAUUGGAAAAUUACAUUCAAAAUCUAAUUAUAUGGAAAUAAUUUUGCAAACAUCAUUGAGAAAAGUCGGUAAUAGUAGAGGUAUUCAUGCAACAGUUCGUUCCAUACAUCAACAACGUUUAAUAAAAAGAAAUUCAGUAAAAAAUGCAGCCGAAGGUCGGCCCACUGAUCAAAGUUCCACACGUUCUCCUCGAGAAUCAUCGCUAGCCGUGGACAAUAAUUUUGAACAACGAGAAGCGGCCAAAUGUUCGUCAACAAAUUAUGAACGUGAACCUUGGUGGCGAGUCAAUCUACAAAAACGACAUCGAAUUCAUGGUGUAAAAAUCUAUAGUUAUCUGGGAAAACAUGAAACUCCGUUAAUGCAGCCAAACAUCAUGCUUGAACAUCAUACAGACAUUUCACCACAAUGUGAUCGUGAAUGGCCAGUUGGUAAUUAUGCUUUGCCAAUGCCGGCUUCUGGUUGUCCAGCAUCCGGCAAAAUUGGCGGAUCAAAAUGGUUGACUGGCAAACGCUUUCAUGCAGUUCAAUAUGAUAAACCAUAUGAUGAUAAAAUUCGUUAUUGGUCCGAAAAUAUAAUGCUUAAAGGCGGCGCCACAUCAACUGGAAUCGAACAACAUUUUUGUGUUCAUGCCGAUGAUAAAAGAAAAACGACAGAGAAUUCAAAUGAAACAUGUACAUGGCAGCCUGGAAAAUAUUGUAUUUUACAAUAUGGUCAUUCUUGUCCAGAUGGUUUUCAAAUCGGAUCUAUCACUUGGUUUGAUAAAAGCUUAAAUAAAAGUAAUUCAGAUUUGCUUAAUUUUAUUGAAGGAACAAUGCCAAAAGGUGAUUAUACAACACACAAUACAACAUUGUAUUUCUGUUGUCGUGAAGAUGGUGAUCCGACAAAGCCAAUAAAUCUUCCGAAAACAAGACCAUUCUAUUUGUUUCAAUAUGGACGAAUUUGUCAAGAAGUUGCCGAUAUGAGCGAAAUGGAACAUUUUUUCCAUUAUGAAGAAGAAGUCGUUCUUUACGGUGCUUUACCUGAUCUAGUUUUUGCUUCAGGACAGAAACUGAAAUUCCAAGAUCCACAUCCACGUAUUGAAGUUACAUUGUUUGAUCGGGGUCUUACCUUGCAUUAUUGUUACUAUGAUAUUGCCGAUAAAUUGAAAGGAUUUCAAGUGCUAGUUGAUACAACACCAGAUACAUUCGGUUAUGGACGAUGGUAUGAUGGCGAUAGUGGUCUCACUAGACCAGUAAACAAACCAUUUCUUUCGGCAGUCGAAUGCGCUUCAUACGGUACAACAGAAGAAGAAUUUGCCGAUAUUACAUUGAAUUGUACGCAACCGAUUGAAGGACAAUAUGUCAUCAUAUUCAUGAAAGAUAGACAAGAUGCUUUACAACUUUGCGAAGUGGUCGUAUUCGGCGAAGAAUCUUGUGGUCGACCAUUAGGUAUGGCUACAGAAGAAAUACUUGAUUCGGCCAUAACGGCAUCGACUUUUGAUUCAAGCAAAGGUCUUGUAUAUCAUCCAUACAAUGUUCGUUUGAAUAGUUUCGCAGCUUGGUGUACUACCAAUACCGAUUCUGAUAAACAUAUACAAAUCGAUUUACGGCUACAAAAUUCAAACAUUGUUUUCGAUUCAAAAUUACCGAUGAGUGAUGAAUCCAAUUGGAAUCAGGUGAACUAUGUAACCAUUGUUGGGGUGGCAAUGCAAGGAAUGCCACAUGGAUUUAAAAGCUAUUUUGUUACACAUUUUCAACUAUUAUUUUCAAAUGAUUCAUUACUUUGGACAUAUGAAGAAGAACCGAUUGGUAGGCAAAAAAUAUACAAAUGUGUUCAAUGUGAAGCUCAACAUGUUGAUCCUAAUGAAGUUGUUAUGUAUAAUCUGCUUAAACCGGUCGUAGCUCGAUUCAUACGAAUCAAAAUCAUAGCAUUUCGUGGCGGACCUUGUAUGCGACUCGAAUUGAUUGGAUGUCGCGGUGAUAAGAAAAAUUUCUGCUCAAGAACAUUGACUGCUUUAACACCUGGUGUUAUUUCAUCGCCCAAUUAUCCAUUCUAUUAUGCUCAAUAUAAGUCUUGCGUUUGGCACAUUAAGCCAAACACACCGGAUCGUCAUAUUGAACUGGAUUUUAUUGUUCUAGAUUUAGCACCGGCAGAGAAAAGUGGCGGUAAAUGUCAUGAUGGUUUAUACAUAAAUCAUUCGCCACAGAAAUCGCUUAUUACCAUUGAAGCUCCAUCGACAGUUGUUUCAGGUAUUCAUCGUACAGCACAUUCUUUUCUUCAACGAAAUUUUCCUAAAAAAAUUAUCUCCAAUGGUGCCGUAACAUUAACAUUGAAUACCUGUUUUCGUUUUUCAAUGACUCGGUUUCAAGGAUUUCUAGUACGAUUUCGUGAAACGGAUUGUCCAGGAUGUGGAAUUGGUGAUCCACGCUGUUCUCGUUUGCAUAAUUGCACUUCACUUUGUGGUCGAAUACUUUCGAUCAAUUAUCCUUUGAAUUAUCUUAAUAACCAUCGAUGUCGAUGGUUGAUUCGAGCACCGGCAGGUCAUUAUUUCAAUAUAACUAUUGAAGAUUUUGAUGUUGCAGGAUCUCAGGAAAAUCCGACAAAAUCGUCUGCAAAUCGACCACUUAAACAUUGUCUAUUUGACCAUCUUUCAUUUAUUGAUCCAUCAACUGGAAUGGUUCUGGGAAGAUAUUGUAAUACAAACAAGCCAUCAAAAUUUAUAUUUUCCAAUUGGAACGAAUUGUUGAUCGAAUUUAGUUCAGAUUCAUCUGGUAAUGGUCGUGGAUUCAAAUUGAAAUAUAAAGCCGAACGAUAUCAUUUACUUCCGGAAGCUAUACCUUUGUUGUUAACACCGAUAUAUUCUUGUCCAAAUGGUUGGCUUUAUUUUCGAGGUUAUUGCUUUGCAGCAUUUGUAGAAGAAGAAUCACUUCAAUGGUAUGAAGCUGAAGAGAAAUGUGCACAAAAAGCUAAAGGACGUGAUGGACAUUUAGUAUCGAUUACUGAUUCUCUCGAAAUGAAUGUCGUUCAUUAUUGGAUUAUAGAACAAUGGAAACUAAAACCACAUCAAAGUAUUUAUAUCGGAUUAAUUGAUACAAAUCGUGAAGGUUUCUAUAAUUGGUCUGAUGGUAAUCCUAUGAGCUAUACCGAUUGGUACAGGAAUAGUUUCUGGCCACUAGAUUCAUCUGAAACAACAUUCUUUUCUCAACAACAACAACAACAGAAUCACCAACAGAAAAACUGGUCCAAUACAAAUGAAUAUAAUUCACAUUCAAAAUCGACGAUGAUCAGUUGGAAUGGUGAUUUGAAUAAUUUUUUCAAUCAAUAUUCUCAACCAGACGGCGGAGCUUUUGAAGAUUGUACUGUAAUUAAUUUUCAUUCUAUUCAUUCAACAUUGAAUUGGCAUGAUGUACCGUGUUCUUUAGGCAAAAAAGUUAUGCCAACCGUAAAGAUAGUCAAUAAUAAUGCAACAACAAUUGCUUCAACAAUUAAUCUUAUGAACAAUAGCAGUCAAACCAAUUCCACCAUCAUCCGUAAUCGUAAUAUGAUUCUUAAUCAUAAUGAUGGUUUAAUUCGAAGUUAUAUUUGUAAAAUGGAUUCGAAUUCAUCCAUACAUCAACAUAGUCCACGUAGAGCAUUAUUUACUCGAAGAAUCAGUGAAGAUAAAAAAAAGAAAAUUAGAUCAAAAGUCGAUACAAACCGAUAUUUUGUUUGUAACAAUUAUGAAGUAAUAUCUAAUCUAUUUCGAUGUGAUGGUACUGCUAAUUGUCGUGAUGGUAGCGAUGAAACUGAAGGCUGUUCAAUUAGUGAUGAAUGUUUGGAAUCACAAUUUCAAUGUGCUAAUAGUCAUUGUAUUGCUAUUGGAAAGUAUUGUGAUUUUGUGGACGAUUGUGGUGAUGGAUCCGAUGAAAUAUUCUGCAUUCGACGUCAUUGUAAAAAAAAUUCCGAAUUCAAAUGUAACAAUGAUCAAUGUAUACCGAAUUAUAAAAGAUGUAAUUUGAUUCAUGAUUGUCGCGAUCAAAGUGAUGAAGAUAAUUGUAGUGGAAAAUGCAAUCUAAACACUACAUUUCAAUGUUACUAUGGUAAUUGUAUUCCGGUAUAUGCUUUAUGUGAUCGUCAUCGUGAUUGUCCUGGAAAAUUCUUUGAAGAUGAACACGAAACUGUAUGUUCAAUGUUGAACCAAAGUGACCAACAUCAAAGUCCUUUCGUAUUUGAUACUCCUUCAUCAUCAUCAUCCAAUAAUUAUCAUGAAAAACCAUAUCGAUGGCGACGUGGUUCCAGUUUAACUAAUCAUCUGAAAAAACGGUACCGUCGAAAUAAAACAUCAUCAUUUUGUGAUCAAAAAAUAGACACUCGCCAAGAAACUUGUCAAGAUUUGCUUAAAUACCAAGGUAUGAUGCAAGAUGGCUAUUAUGAACUGAAACCAAUUGCUGGAAAUAAAUUGACAUUAAGAGUUUAUUGCCGUUUCUUGAAUUCUACACAUGCUACGACUAUUAUUAAUCAUGACACGGAAGAUAGGUUGUAUGUACGGUCGUCAUUUGAUGCUCCAGGUUCGUACGUACGAACCAUCACAUAUGAAGGCAGUUUUGAUCUUAUUGUUGCCGUAAUUGAUGCUUCAGCUUCUUGUCGUCAAUUUUUAAGCUACGAAUGUUCAGGAUCAAGAUUUAAUUUCAAUUCACCAAAACCAAAUUCUUGGUGGAUUUCUAGACUUGGUCGUAAAGAAUAUUCGUGGGGAACUGAUCGUACGAAUUCUUGUGCUUGUUAUCCCAAUUGUAUCUCAAAUUUUCGUUGCAAUUGUGAUGCUGGAUUGAUGUUUAACUGGACAAGAGAUUAUGGCUAUAUUGAAGAUCGAACUCGUCUUCCUAUUCGUCAGGUGGCUUUCGGCGAAGUUUAUCAUAUUGGUCAGCUAGGAUAUGUACAAGUUGGACCAGUAGAAUGUAUGGGCGAAAGCAUUGAAUGGAAAUCACAUUCAAAGAAAAUUAAUUCCGGUUGUCAGGUUGAAUCGUCAAACCUUUUUGAAUGUAACUCUGGACAGAUUAUUGAAUCUAAACAUAUAUGCAUCUAUGAAUAUGAUCAACUACAAUAUCAAAUAGGUUGUCGUGAUGUAUCUCAUUUACGAAAUUGUUCAUCAUUUCAAUGUCCACCAGAUUAUGUAAAAUGUCCGGAUUCUUAUUGUAUACCGUAUCGUUAUAUUUGCAAUGGAAAAUGGGAUUGUGUAGGAGGAUCGGAUGAAAUUGGCUGCGCUAGAUACACCUGUCCUGGUCAUUACAAAUGUGCCAAUGAAAGUUCCUGCGUUUGGCUUCAUCAGCUUUGCGAUGGCUUCCGUCAUUGUCCACUUGGUGAUGAUGAAUGGUUUUGCGAUCUUAAUUGUCCUCGUAAUUGCAUUUGCAAUGGUCAUUAUGUUGAUUGUCGAUAUUCAAACAUAACGACCGAAAUACUGGCCAAUAUUUCGAAAGAAACCCGUAAAUUAGAUCUAAGUGGUAAUAAUUUAGGACCAGAUAUGUCAUUCAUCGAUUUUUCACGCUACAUUUAUCUUGGUGAAUUGAUUUUGCAAAGUAAUCAAUUGGAAAUAAUUCGUUCUCGUAAAUUUAUACAGCUAACUAAUCUGUAUAAAUUAGAUCUACGAUUCAAUCGAAUUCGAGUGAUUGAAGCGGCUGCUUUUGCUGGAUUGCAACAAAUUACUACACUGAUGUUGGAUCACAAUCAUGAACUACAAGAAAUACAUUCUGGUGCUUUUGUAGGGCUAGUUUCAUUACGACGAUUAAACAUUUCGAAUACAAAAAUGAAAACUAUUGUCAAGAAUUCUUUUCUUCAGAUGAGUUCAUUACAGCAUUUAACACUGGUUGACAAUCAAAUCGAUACGAUCGAAAAAGGUGCUUUUAAUGAUCUAAUUUCCUUAAUGUCACUAGAUAUUCGUGGCAAUCCAGUUACGAAUUUUUCUAAAGACAUGUUUGUUAUGUUAAAAUCAUUACGAAGUUUAGCAAGCGAUAGUUUCAAAUUUUGUUGUAUGGUAUCUGGUAUUGUGCCGUUUAGUCGAUGUUAUCCACCACAAGAUGAAAUAUCCGAUUGUGAAGAUUUAUUAUCGAAAACUGUUCAACGAUUGAUUUUAUGGAUAUUAGGCUUCAGUGCAUUGAUCGGUAAUCUUUUUGUCAUUAUUUGGCGUUUUAAAACAUUAAACAAAACCAAUCGUGUCAGUUCAACACUAAUUUUGUCGCUUGGAUUUGCGGAUUUUCUUAUGGGAACUUAUCUAAUCCUGAUUGCUUCUGUUGAUGAAUAUUAUCGUGGUCGAUAUAUUGAAAAUUCAGAUUAUUGGAAAAAUUCUAUAUGGUGUAAAUUGGCCGGUUUUCUGUCAACUUUAUCAUUACAAACAUCUGUAGUGACACUAGUAUUGAUUGCUAUCGAUCGUCUUAUUUCCAUUUCGUUUACAUUUUCAAAUUAUCGUUUUACCGUCAAAUUAACAUAUAAAUUAUUGGCAUUCACAUGGAUUACUAUGUUUAUCUUAUCAUUUGUACCAUUAUUACCAAUCAAUUAUUUUCAAGGACAAUUCUAUUCAAGAUCGGGUGUAUGUCUUGCAUUCCAUAUUACCAUAACUAAAUGGCCUGGUUGGGAAUAUUCGGUUGCCGUAUUUUUAGUGUUCAAUUUGAUUGCCUUUCUAUUUAUUGUUUGUUGUUACCUUUAUAUGUAUAAAACGAUUGCUAUUACGGUUAAAAAACGUCGACAAAUGAUUCAAACAACAAAACAAAUUCGUGAAAGCAAAAUAGGAUUACAAAUGGCAUUGAUCGUGAGCACAAAUUUUCUUUGUUGGUUUCCGGUGAUUAUGAUGGGAUUUUUAGCGUUAGGUGGCAUACACAUUCCAGGCGCUGCUUAUUCUUGGAUAGCGGUAUUAGUGUUACCGCUUAAUUCGGCUACGAAUCCUGCAAUUUAUACAUUGUUACAGUUGAUACCAAACUUUCGAUCACAAACACAACAAAAACGAAUCGAUCAUCGUUUGGCAUCGAUGAGAUCGAUUCGUAUGAAUGAGUCGAAUGGGGGAAGUAUUCGUAGAGCAGCUAAUCAAACAAACGGACAACAAGAUUCGAGUUUUAUAUUAUCACACGUAUCAUCCCCUUUACAAAUGAUACAACAACCAAGUCGACCUCCGGUAAAAUUAUUGAUGCAAGCACCUCCUGGAUAUCAAAAUCUAAACGAAUUUCUUCGUACCAAAGAACCAUUAACAGCCAAAGAUUUAUACGAAAUUUGCUUUUCAUUGAGUAUGAUUUUGAAAGAUUUCCAUCAAAUGGGUUAUGCAUUGGGCACGAUAAACUGCGAGAAUAUUUUUGUUACCAGUCAACCUAUUCUCUAUAUCACUAACUAUAGCAAAAACGAUCAUGAAAUCGACAGCGAAACAAUAACAAAAAGAGAUGAUGAAUAUCGUCUACAAACUUAUAUACCACCAUUCAAUUCAUAUCAAGUACCACGUGCUGCAAUUAGUGAUACUACGUCUGACAACAAUUGCGUAUCGGCAGACGAACCAGACGAUUUUGCCAUGGACAUGGAAGAAUUCGGAAAGGUGAUCAAAAGAAUGUUACAAGUAUAUCAUUCGCGAACAUUAAGGUCACCGAACAGUUCAUUUCAAAGCAUAUCAUCAUUAACGCCAAAAAAUACAGAUCAUAAAGAUUAAUUUAUAUUUAUAAUUUUUUUUAUUUAUAAAUCUUAUCAUAAAAUUUUAUUAAAUAAUAAUUAACAAUGAAUUAUCAAAACUUUU